GCUGUGCGAUACAGCUUACAUAACGUUAAGCUGUGUCUUCUAGAGGUCGGCGUCUUGGAUGGCAGAAAUGUAUAAACUGCACCGCAAUGAAGCAUAGCAACACAAGAUACCACAGCACCAACAGACGCUAACAAAGGAUAUUCGGGUAGCGGUACUGCACCGUGGCCUUCGCCGCACAUGUUAUAAAAGGUCAACAUGUUCCUUCAAUUCUGCAUAACAAAUCUUCCGCGCGCUGAUCAUCACUCGCUAUGCGAACAUUUGCAAGACGCCAGUCCCCAGCCCCCGCAGAUGUUAUCACAUAUCGGUUUAACAACCAAAUGAUGUAUGUCCCGCCGGCGGAGAACUUCGAUCAAGCAGUCACGUUUGCUAGAUCAGCAUUUGAGAGCGAUCUCACUGGCAUUGACAAAAGCCGGAUAUCCUUCUCACUAAAUGUGCUGGCGAAUGGGAAGCAGAGCUCUGUGGGCAUCAGCAGUGUGGCAUGGUCGAAAAUCAUGUCGCAUUUGGCACGAUAUGAAAUCAUAGACGUGCAUGUCCAGCCGGAGAUCAAAGUAUUUGGACCCCCUCCAAGCUAUCGGCCUUGUAGCUCGACCGAGGGCAACGAGAAGGAGCAGCAUUCGUCAUCGCAUUCAUCAUCAGCUCUCCACAGUCUCAUUCCCAGACGUCUGUUUCAGCGGCUGGGUGCCUGAUCGCAGCAUAAUACUGAGCAUCUUUGGGCUUCGGGUCCUAUCUCACUAUGUAUACAUAGCUACCUUCACAUACGGAGUAUUUGUGUUUCAGCUCACAUAUGAUAUAUGAUACCCGAGCGAAGUAAAUAUCCAGUUAGUGUUGAACAGUUCGGUGGGACGGAUAUUAUUAUUUUUUAAUGUUUCAUAUAUUACUGCUGUAUCAAUUCACAAAUGGACAUGAACAAAGAUGUGUAUUACUAUGCUCCCAUCAUAUCACACAGUACCCAAUACGCAUGCUUCUCAAUGAAUGGGUUUUUAAUAAGUUGACUCGUUCUCGGGACUUAAUCGACAAGCUGCGUCCUGACGAGAUCGAGUAAUCGGCAGCGCAUAAACGCUGACGAGUCUAGC